AUGUUUUGUUACUCCAGUAAUCUGGCUUUUAAACUUCAAAAUUCUAAAUCUAAAUCUCACGCUAUUGUGGACACCAAUUAUACAUUCUACAAAACAAGUUCAGAAAACUUCAUGAUCGUUGCUGAAGGGUACGUGGGAAAAAUUUACAAGCUUCCUCUUGCUGUACCCGAAACUCCAUGCUUUCCACUGGGAAUUAACACAAAAAUCUCAAGGCCUUUGGCCGUUGAUUACGAUCCAGUCGAAGGAAAGGUUUAUUGGACAGAUCUGAUCUUAAAACUGGUGGCCAGAGCAUUUCCUAACGGGUCUUCAGUUGAGGUUAUUGCACACAUUAAUGUUGAUACUCCAGCAGGACUGGCAGUUGAUCAUUUUGGACGUAAUAUUUAUUGGACAGAUGAGGCAACAAGUAGAAUUGAGGUCGCAAAGUUAGAUGGGUCAUCUAGAAGAGGUGUAAUCACAUCAGAUAUCGAAAGGCCAAGAGCCAUACUACUCGAUAUUGGAGAAAGAAAGAUGUAUUGGGGUGGCAGCGGAAUAUCGCUAAAAAUCGAACAGGCCAACAUGGACGGUUCAGCCAGGACAACUCUUGUUAGCUCCGGACUUAUGUGGGUGAACUCGCUCGCUCUGGAUUACCAAAAAAGACUUCUGUACUGGUGUGAUGCGGGCAUUCGCAAGAUCGAAAGGGUAGACCUCCAAGGAAAUAAUCGCGUUGUGAUACUGGAUUUAUCAUUGGAUUUUAUGCAUCCAUUUGGACUGGCUCUAUUUGGUGACGCUCUCUUCUGGUCCGACCAGAAUAAUACAAGUGUUCAAAAGUACAACAUGACAACUUCUCGAACUGAGGUCGUUGUUCACGGAGUGGGAUAUCCCCUGGAGUUACACAUAUAUGAUCAAUCCAAAGACUUUUUUGCUGCAAACUGUGCGCCUUUAAGCAUCCCUCCAAGAGCCCUUCUUGUGAAUGGUCCCUGUGGUAAUACGUAUAACUCAAACUGUGUAUUUGACUGUGAACGUGGAUUUGUCCAAGCCGACGGGAAUGCCACUAGGACUUGUUUGGAGACUGGCCAAUGGAGUGGAAAUCCCAUCUACUGUAUAGAAACCCCUAGCACUGAGCCGACGUAUUCUCCAGCAAUUGCCGUGGGAUCAUCCAUUGCCGUAGUGUUUGUGAUUUUUGUAGCUCUUCUUUGUAUGUGGAAACGCAAAUUUCUCGUAAGGACAUGGCGACGGUUCAUAGGGAGGGAAAAUGUGGUAGAAAAUAAUCAAGAAUAUGAAGAGAGAGGUGGCAAUCAAAACAACGUACAGCAGGCUAAUAAUGGUUUUCAAAACCAGCAUAACCAAGGGAGAUGGCCACGUUACAUACGGGAAAUAAAUUUGGGAGAAAACAAUCAGGGAUAUGACGAUAGAGAUGGUAAUCAAAACCGUGUAGCAGGAACUGAUGGAUUACAGCUGGUUACUGUUGGUUUUCAUGGUAAGCAUGGCAUCCUCCACGGCUCCGCAGAACGCGGCCAAAUCGACGCAACCUCUAGCGACACUGGUGCAACUGCUGGAAGUUCAACCUCAGCAGCAACGGCUGAGGGAGGUGAAGACCAUGAGAGCAACAACCACGGAGCUAAGGCAAUUCCAGGUAGCGGCGAGGGUCCUGUCACAGACAAGCAUAUUCUUUGCAUUCAUGAACUUGUUGGAGUCUACUGGAAGAAGGUUCUGCGAAACCUGUCCAUGGAUGACACGACCAUCAGAAAUUUGGAAGAGGAUUACAAGUACUGUGAAGUUGCUGAAAAGUGCUACCAAGGGCUUUUGAAAUGGAAAAAAAAUCUUGGCUCCGAGAAAGCGACGAUUAAAAAACUGUGUGACGCACUGCAGAAAGUUGGCUGCUCAAAGGCGCUGGAAGCGUUGCGGACUAUGUCACAUCAGUGUGACUCUUAAAGGAGUUCUGUCAUGGUAUUUUGAGUUGUUUUAGCCAUAUACAAAAUUACCUUAAAAUUGUAGGAAACCUUAAAAUAAUAGCUCACUGAGAUCGAAAAAUACCAAAGAGAUGAUAAUAGUUCUUAAGAGACCAAGGAUAGUCAAGGAUGGAGAAGAUUAAUGAGGACAACAAAACGACAAACUAGAAAACUUUAAGCUAGACUAUUCCAGAUGUGCAAACCGUGACGUAGUUCCCUAAAGUUUGAAAUAGAAAAUAGAGCUAUCGGACUUUGAGCAUGUUUCAUAGUUUCAUCAGGUUUCUCUUUUACUUAAGCAACCAAGGAAUUUCGUUCACUACAGUUGCAAUCGCUUGAUUGUUAUCAGUCUAAAAAUUGCAUUUUCUGUUGUUUGGGUGCUAGAGAGAGAAGUAUGAAACCUGGGGCGAGCUCCAAAGAGUGUUCUUCUAAUGACGUCAUCGGUUGAGGUAGAACUCAGACUCCUUGGUAAAGCAGGCCGGUUUGAAAGCUAGAGAGCACAGAACAAGCUGGCUUCAAGACCUUUGAACUAAAACAUGGCUGCAUGGUAUUGACUGGAAAUGUUUUAACUUCAUCAUAAAAAAUCAACAGUUUGUAACUCGAUAAAGAUAUAUGGCACUCUCCUAAUGGCAUAAGUAACAAAGGACCUGCAGAAAUAUGUAGCAACGGAAAGAGUUUUUUUUUUUUUUUUUUUUACAAUUUGUCAGCAGAAAAGUUUGGAAUAUGAUGUUAAACAGAUGAAACCCGCUGGCAGUUGGUCCGAUCGUGGUCAAUUCGAAAUCAGUUCAUAGUUAACCGACAGUUGUCGGCUGGUGUAAUUUGUGAUAUAACUGUUGUUUGGAUGAUAUCACUAUAGCUAUUUAAGUUAUGGUUUCCUUUUAUUAGCUUAAAUAGUUUUACCCUUUUUUGGUUCGCACCUUCACCCUUAAUUAUUCUUGUUAAUAUCUCACUUUGUUAUACUAUUUAUUACACAUUAUU